AUGGAGCGUUGCUCGGUAAAGCCGAUCAUCCCAGGAUUUGCCCCCGAUCCUUCAAUCUGUUGCAUCGAGGGCACUUUCUUCCUUGUCAAUUCUAGCUUCCACCUGUUCCCUGGUCUCCCCAUCUAUUCCUCUCGUGACCUGAUCACAUGGAAACAUAUCGGGAAUGCCAUCAACCGACCAUCCCAACUAUCACUGAAGAGAGCAGGAACUUGGAUUACUACUUGGGACGAUGGAACAGCUAUGGUUGCUACAGGGGGUCUCUAUGCCCCGACGAUUCGACACCACCGGGGUGUAACGUAUAUUAUCUGCACGAAUGUCAUCCACGAUUCUGCGAUGCCUGGCGACGAGCACAGUGAACAGUUUAUAAUUUGCGCCCAAGACAUCUUUGCUGAUAAAUGGUCCGACCCGGUGGUCUUCCCAUUUCCUGGGAUUGACCCCUCUUUACUAUUCGAUGACGAGAAGGUGUAUGUGCAGUUAUGCAAGACCGGUGUCACCUUCGAGAUCUUCAACAUGGAGAUUGACAUCACGAGAGGCCAAGUGCUCGCCGGGCCCUCCCUUAUUUGGAAAGGAUGGUCACGAUCCUACACGGAGGGUCCCCAUGUUUACAAAAAGGACGGCUGGUAUUACCUACUCUGUGCCGAAGGCGGGACCUUUCAAUGUCACAUGCUCACCAUGGCGCGCUCGAGGAGCAUCUGGGGCCCAUUUGAGGCCUAUGAUCGCAACCCGCUCUCUACGGCAAAUGGUACCAAUCAUUAUAUUCAGCACACUGGCCAUGGCGAUUUCUUUCAGGAUGGCCAAGAGAACUGGUGGGUGGUUAUGCUCGGUGUUCGGAAGAAAUACGGGCGUUCCAUUAUGGGCAGAGAAUCGUUCUUGACCUCUGUUGUAUGGGAUGACGAUGGAUGGCCAUCCAUCAUGCCCAUUUUAGGUGAUAACCAGAAAAUCAAGUCUAAAUUCGAUCAAUCCCGUUCCUCUCGUGCGGCUUGGGUCUAUCUGAGAGACCCUAGGUUGGAGGAUUAUCAUAUGUAUAGUGACGGCCAAAUCACGCUUCGCGCCAGCCCCGUCGGAUUGACCAGUUCGGAGGGGGCUAUCAGUUUUGUCGGCCAAAGGCAGCGGGAGCUCAAGGGUACUUCCACCGUGACUUUAAUAAACAUUGGAGAUCCAAUUCCAAUGAACGCUGGUCUUGUUCUUUAUAAGGAUGAGUACCGGUUUUGGGGAAUAUCCUACAAUUUUCGGAAUCGACAGGUCGUCUUCGAAGGAAUCAAUCGAGCCAGUUCUUAUGAGAUGAAACAACCGGUGCCGGUCAGCCUGGAGAAGGCACUGAAUUUCAAAAUUUCAUACAACGAGGAUCACGUUCGUUUCUUCUUCAAGAAUUCCCAAGGACCCUGGCAAUUUGUGCAAGCCGUGGACACCGCUGUGAUGACCAACUUUGACUUCACAGGUCCAAUAAUCGGGAUUUUCGCUGAAGGUGAUCAUGGUGAGGCCAACUUCAAAAACUUCAUUAUUGAUGCUCCGGAUGACUAG